AUGAACACCAACGAAGCCAAGGAGUAUCUGGCCCGGAGAGAAAUCCCUCAGCUUUUCGAGAGCCUUUUGAAUGGACUGAUGUGUUCGAAGCCUGAAGACCCAAUAGAGUACUUGGAAAGUUGUUUACAGAAAGUAAAAGAAUUAGGGGGAUGUGACAAGGUGAAAUGGGAUACAUUUGUAAGCCAGGAGAAGAAGACUUUACCUCCACUCAAUGGAGGACAGUCACGGAGAUCCUUCCUAAGAAAUGUAAUGCCUGAAAAUUCAAACUUUCCUUAUCGACGGUAUGAUCGGCUCCCUCCAAUCCAUCAAUUCUCCAUAGAAAGUGACACAGACCUUUCUGAGACUGCAGAGCUAAUUGAGGAGUAUGAGGUCUUUGAUCCUACUAGACCUCGACCAAAGAUCAUUCUUGUCAUAGGUGGUCCAGGAAGUGGAAAGGGUACUCAGAGUUUGAAAAUCGCAGAACGUUAUGGAUUUCAGUACAUUUCAGUAGGAGAAUUAUUAAGGAAGAAGAUCCACAGUACCAGCAGCAAUAGGAAAUGGAGUCUUAUUGCCAAAAUAAUUACAACUGGAGAACUGGCCCCACAGGAAACAACAAUUACAGAGAUAAAACAAAAAUUGAUGCAAAUGCCUGAUGAAGUGGGCAUUGUUAUUGACGGAUUCCCGAGAGACGUCGCUCAGGCUCUAUCUUUUGAGGACCAAAUCUGUACUCCUGACUUGGUGGUGUUCCUGGCUUGCGCCAAUCAGAGACUCAAAGAAAGAUUACUGAAGCGUGCAGAGCAACAGGGGCGACCUGAUGACAAUCUGAAAGCUACCCAAAGGAGACUGAUGAACUUCAAGCAGAACGCUGCUCCAUUGGUUAAAUACUUCCAGGAAAAGGGGCUCAUCAUGACAUUUGAUGCCGACCGGGACGAGGAUGAGGUGUUCUAUGACAUCAGCAUGGCAGUUGACAGCAAGUUAUUUCCAAACAAAGAGGCUGCAGCAGGUUCAAGUGACCUUGAUCCCUCAAUGAUGUUGGACACUGGAGAGAUCAUUGAUACAGGAUCUGAUUAUGAAGAUCAGGGUGAUGAACAAUUAAAUGUGUUUGGAGAAGACACCACGGGAGGUUUCACAGAAGACUUGAAAAAGUGUAAAAUUAUUUUCAUGAUUGGGGGCCCAGGCUCUGGCAAAGGCACACAGUGUGGAAAGCUGGUGGAAAAAUAUGGAUUUACACAUCUCUCGACUGGCGAGCUCCUGCGGAAUGAGCUGUCAUCAGAAUCUGAAAGAAGCAAGCUGAUCAGAGGCAUCAUGGAACGUGGAGAGCUGGUGCCCUCAGGCAUCAUUCUGGAGCUCCUGAAGGAGGCCAUGGUGGCCAGCCUCAGCAACACCAAGGGCUUCCUGAUUGACGGCUAUCCUCGGGAAGUGAAGCAAGGAGAAGAGUUCCGACGCAGGAUUGGAGACCCACACCUGGUGAUCUGUAUGGACUGCUCAGCAGACACCAUGACCAACCGCCUUCUCCAGAGGAGCCGGAGCAGCCCACAGACAGAUGACAACACCACCACCAUCGCCAAGCGCCUUGAGACCUACUACCGGGCCUCCAUCCCUGUGGUCGCCUACUAUGAGACGAAAACACAGCUACAUAAGAUAAAUGCAGAGGGCACACCAGAAGAAGUUUUUCUUCAACUCUGCACAGCUAUUGACUCUAUUUUCUGA